UCCUUAGCUAGAUCUGUAGGUGCUGUAGCAAAACUUAUUGCAAAAGAGGGGAAAUCGACAACAUUAAAAUUAUCUUAUGGGGAGGUGCGUUUAAUAUCCAAAAACUGCUCAGCAACAGUCGGACAAGUAGGAAAUGUUGGGGUGAACCAGAAAAGUUUGGGUAGAGCCGGAUCUAAAUGUUGGCUAGACAAGCGUCCUGUAGUAAAAGGAGUAGUUACGAAUCCUAUAGACCAUCCCCAUGGGGCCAUGAGGGUGGUGAAGGGAGGGCCCCAAUUGGUAGAAAAAAACCUGCAACCCUUUGGGAUUAUCCUACACUUGGAAGAAGAAGUAGAAAAAGGAAUAAAUAUGGAUAAAUUGCAAGAUUGGUCACUGGGAUUACAAAAAACGUUCAUGUUUGAUCACUGUAAAUAUUUAAUUUCAUUCAUGGUCACUAGAUUUAGUUUAACCAUCCAAGUUUGGUCACUCUCCGUUAGUCUCCGUCCACUUCUGUUAACGGCGUCAAUGUUGUGCUGA